UGGUGUGGAAUUCAGUGGCGAGAACCAAGACGUUCAGCAGUCCAACAGACCAGAAGUUGAUCAGGAUGGAUAUUCUGUCUUUUUUUCUGACAGAGACUGGGGUUUUGCUCCUUUUAUUCCUGGGACUAGUGGUUUUGUACGGGUACUGGCCUUAUGGGCAGUUUGAGAAACUGGGAAUCCCUGGCCCAAAACCAUUGCCAUUUUUUGGAACUCUUCUGCAUUACAGGAAGGGCACAUUCACUUUUGACUUGGAGUGCUUCAGAAAAUAUGGGAAAAUAUGGGGGAUCUAUGAAGGGAGACAGCCUGUUCUCUGUGUCAUGGACAAAACCAUCAUCAAAACCAUCCUCAUCAAAGAAUUUUAUUCCCUUUUCACCAACAGAAGAAAUUUCCGUCUGAAUGGGCCAUUCAAUGAUGGUGUGUUUGUGGCAGCGGAUGAGCAUUGGAGAAGGAUUCGAACUGUUCUCUCUCCCUCUUUCACCAGUGGGCGACUGAAAGAGAUGUUUGGGAUCAUGAAGAAGAACUCUAAUACAUUAAUGAAGACUCUACAGAGGAAAGCUGACCUGGGUGAAGCUGCUGACUUUAAAGAACUCUUUGGGGCAUACAGUAUGGAUGUCGUGACCAACACAGCUUUCAGUGUCAACGUCGAUUCACUCAACAACCCCAAAGACCCCUUUGUGAACAACCUCAAGAAAAUACUUAAAUUUGACUUCCUUAGUCCAUUGUUCAUCAUAACUUUUGUCCUCCCCUUUGCUGUUCCUCUGAUGGAGAAAAUGAAUUUCACCUUUUUCCCGUCUUCUGUGACAGACUUCUUCUACGCGUCUUUGAAGAAGAUUAAGUCUGAUCGGGUUGCUAAUGACCAUGAGAGGCGAGUGGACUUCAUGCAGCUGAUGGUGGAUUCUCAGAAACCAGAGAAAAAUGGACACAAUAAGACAGAGGAAACAGGUCUGAAUGAUCGGGAGAUUAUAUCCCAAGCAAUGACAUUCAUAUUUGCUGGUUAUGAGACUACUAGCAGCACUCUGACCUUCCUCUUCUAUAACCUGGCCACUCACCCACAGACCAUGAGGAAACUUCAGGAAGAGAUUGACCAAACCUUCCCCAACAAGGCCCCAGUACAGUAUGACAAGCUGAUGCAGAUGGAGUAUCUGGAUGAUGUGCUGAAUGAGUCUCUGAGGUUGUACCCCGUUGUUGCUCGGCUCGAGAGAAUCUGCAAGAAAACUGUGGAGAUCAAUGGGGUCACCAUCCCCAAGGGAACAGUUGUCCUAGUGCCCACCUACGCCCUCCACAGAGACCCUGAAAUCUGGACUGACCCAGAAAAGUUCAACCCAGACAGGUUCAGUAAAGAAAACAAAGAGAGUAUUGACCCGUAUACGUACCUGCCUUUUGGGGCAGGGCCCAGAAACUGCAUUGGGAUGAGAUUUGCCUUAGUGAGCAUGAAGCUGGUCAUUACAGAGAUAUUACAGAGAUUUGACGUUCAUGUGUGUCGUGAGACACGGAUUCCUCUGGUGUUGAGUCCUAAUGGCCUAAUGGCUCCUACACACCCCAUCAAACUCGGACUGACUCCUCGAUCCAGCUCCUCCUCAGACUGACUCCUGUAUCGACAAUCCUGUUAGAUCAAAGUUUAAGUCCUGCAAAUCACCCUUAUAAGCAUGUAGAACAGUGAUUUUAUUUACAACACACUGGUUUCCUUUUCAGCCAUGUGUGAAGGAUGUGGAAAAUGUAACUAACUUGACCACAAACCGGUUGAUAGAAAGAACACAGCACAUAUACAUGUGCUCUGCAGUAGCGCGGCCCUGGUGGCUGAGUUCUACUCCUUUGAGUUCUACUUUGUGUUUCAGUGCUGCUCUCCUUGCUCAGCUUCAUGCACUAAUGCUGCUAUACUAAAACUACAAUGAUUAAAAAAAAAGUGUGCAUGUGUGUGCGUGUGUGGCUUUUAUAACACACAGUCUGUACACUUUAGUCCUUCUGAAUCAGAAUGUUGGAGAGAUUUCAGAUUAGACAAGAUUUGAGAACACUACAAUUUGAUAUGGGGCAAAUGAAGCAUAUUAAUGCAAUGCUGAAAUACUGAUUUUAUUAAAGCAAAUCAAGUCUGAUGCACUUCUGUUCCUUCUGUUCUCACAUUUAUGGAUAAAUGGGCAUAAAUGAAAAGAGACUGUCAGUUUCUGUCAGUAUACUGUCAGUAUAUGGAUGCUUGCAAAUGUACAUGGAUUUUUUUAAAUAAAAGUGUCCAAAAAAGUA